CACUUCAAUGACAAAGACCAGGCUUCUCUUUACUUCAUGUCCCAGUAAUAGUCUCGUUUCUCUCCUACCCUUACCCGUACUGUCCUCUCUACACAUGAUACAGACGACAUGAGCUCAGAGACUCCUCAGCAACCACUCAAUUUCAGGUUCAGCCGGGCUCCAAACGGGGUAAUUGGGGCACCAUCAUCAGCUUCUUCCCCCUCCUCCUCCUCCUCCUCUUCACUACCUGAUACUCAUAUUGCUGCCAUUAGGUCAUUCCUUCAUCAAAAGCCUCACCGGAUUCAGCAGAGACUCUUAAUACGUAAAGUAACAUACACCAUACUUACUGGACUGGCUAUGCUCCUAGCAUGGGCCAUUGGUUACUGGGGCUGGUCCGUAGUCUUUCUUGUUGGUCUGUUCUUACUGAUGACAUUCGUAUGGAAGGACUUGAGCAAGAGGUUCACUGCAGCUGCACAGCAGGAGAUUGAGAUGACAGUUAGAAGGAAGAAAGCACUCCAGCUGUCUGAAUCAGCAGAAUGGGUCAAUAUGGCCAUCAAUAGAUGGUGGAUGACGUGCAAUGAGUCUGUAUUUGGUUUCAUUAAGGACUACAUUGAGCCACUGCUGCAAGAAGUAACUCCUCGUGGAAUUGAUAACUUGGAGCUGAUAGAAUUUGAUCUCUCUAAUCAGACUCCCUUUGUUAAGAGUAUUCAUGUUUUUGAUCCUCCAUCAAGUCUCAUCAGUUCACUGCUCCCUACUGACAGUAACAUAUUACAAUCAAGCACUACUAACAAUAGCAGCAGCAGCAAUGCUAAUAAAGCUUUCAUUGUUGCUAAUGUUGAUGUUGGACUGGUAGCUCCUGACAGUAAGCUUGUAUUGAAAGCUAGAGUUGGUGGGAAGAGAAUUGGUUAUGAUACAUUGGUUCAUAUUGAGGGCCUCCACUUGUCUGGUAAUGUUCAAGCUAUUUUACUAUUUGAUUAUGAGGCUCCAUUCCCACACGUUGGAUGGAUAUCAGCUACUUUUACUAGAAAGCCGGAGCUAUGGUUCUCCAUUAGAGUAUUGAAAGGACUCAAAGUGACUGAUAUCCCGAUAGUUAAGAGCUUCGUUCACUCACUCAUAAUGAGUAUAUUCCAAUCAUUAUUGGUUGAUCCAGGUAGGUUGGAGAUUGAUUUGAUGUCUUCAGGUCCUAAAAGCACAGCAGACCAUCAAUCAUCAAGGAGAGCGAGAGGUGUUCUGACUGUCACUUUUACUGGCAACCCUCCACAAAAGAGCUCAAAAUAUGAAAGUGAUUCCAGGAGAUGGGUAACGUUUUGUUUGGGGAGUCAGAAACACAAAAUCCAGUUACCGACUGGCCAGGAGAGCUGGAAGACAACCUACUCAUUCUUUGUGUAUGAUGUCAAAGAAGACGUGUUGAUAAUUAAAGUGAAGCACUACAGAGUGAUGUACACUAUGACACUGGCAAUGCACACUGUUAGUCUCAAUGCACUGAAUCUUGUUAAUGAAAGUGGAGAGGAAUUCAGAACUAACAGGUAUAUAUCAGUUGGUAAUUCAGAGACUAACAUUAGCCUGGAUAUUGAUUAUACUCCACUCCCACCAUUCUCUCUUAACUACUCUCUCCCUGUCCCUCCCUCUGACCAAGUUGCUGGUGUGUUAUAUAUUCAUGUACAUUCAGCUCUUGGCUUGAGGAGUGGUGAUAUGGAUGGUCUUAGUGAUCCUUAUUGUGUUGUACUGGUCAACAAGAAAAAAGUUCUCACUACUCAUUAUAUACUGGAUACACUUGAGCCAAAGUGGGAGAGAGGGAUUGAGAUAUUUGUCUCUGAUUUCACUCAAGUCUCCCUCACAUUUGCUGUCUAUGAUUGGGAUGGCCCACUGGUUGGAGAUGACUUGCUAGGAACAUGCAAAAUGACACUUGAAGCUGAUAAACCUUAUAUUCUUCAUAAGGAGCUUGAGCUAGAGAUUGAUGGUAGUCCUGUCCUCAAUGGUGCCUCAUUGGGUUUGCUCAGUGUCUCUGUUGUAUUCAGAGAUGUUGAAUCAGUCUCUAAUGCAGAUGUAGAGGGAAGUGGUAUUAUUAAGGCUCACUCUGUUCUCACGCAUUCUUCAUCAGCAGAUGCUGCCAGUAAAAUGACUUCAAAGCAAGCAUGGAAGAAAUUGAAAGGUUUGGGUGGAAUUCUACCAGGAGAGAAUUUUGGGAUUUUAGAAUUAUCCGUCGUUGAAGGUAGAAACCUUAAGGCAAUGGACAGAAAUGGUUUCAGUGACCCAUACAUUGUUGUUAAGUAUGGCGUACAUGAGAUGUACAGGACUCCGUCUGUUUCAAAAUCACUCAAUCCAAAGUGGAACUGUCACUGCACCCUCUCAGCUCCACCACCAGACACAUCAAUAAUACUGGAAUGCUGGGAUAAGGACCAGUUCACUAGUGAUGAUUUCAUGGGAUCACUUGCAUUCACUCUCAAUGACCUAAAGCUAUUUGAAAAUGGCCCUGUUUGGUGUCCCUUGCAGCAUGUCUCCAGUGGGGAAAUACGUUUAGAAUUCAAAAAAUCUGACACCUUAAGAGGGAAUUUACAGGACAAUGCAUCAUUUGGUAAUGUAUCACUAGAAGAGUCGUCAAGAGAGCCAGCUGAAGACUCUGACAAUGAAUCCUCUCACGGUCACACUGUCCCUUAUAUAACGUAUGGUGACAGCGGAGUCCCUUCUCCUUCUCGAUCAAUGUCUCCCUCUUACUCAUCGCCUCAUUUGGUCUCUCAUACUCCCCCUCCUCCUCACCCUCUCCCCUCUUCCUCCUCUAAUGGCAGUAGUCUUGACCCUAGACUCUCUCCGGUACCAGUCCCUGAGAGAGGGAACCUCACCUCAAGACACAAGAGUAAGAGUGGCUCAUUACAACAUUUCAGUAAUCACAGACACUCUAUAACCCCAUCAGUUGGUAGUGGGGACUCCAGUAUAUCAACUCACAGUGCAUCACUGCUCGGGUAUAGCAUCAGUGGAGACACUCCUGAGAGAGAGAUCAGGAGAAGAGGAGACAAAGGUGGGCACCGUCACUCUAUGUUCGAGAGUUCCACUACCAUACCCCAUCAGACAUCGGUCUUUUACAAUGUUAGUGGAGAGAUCAUUGACGUGGAGGGACUAAAGGGUAAACUAGAUCAUCUCAUGUUAUACAUUAAAGUCAGGUUGAAUUCGCGUCCGAGUCACUUAAGACGUCAAAAGUUUGACCGAGGUCCUUUACUGCAUAAAACCCAAUCAACGAGGGGGAGCAGCUCGGUUUCCUUUAAUGAAGCUUUUGUAGUAAAGGAUAGUCCCAUAUCUACGGACUCACUGAUGAGCAUUGAUCUUAAGAGUGGGCCUAAUGUCACUCUUGGUACUCACGUCAUCACGCUGGACAAGUUCUUUGAAGGUAAUCUUAGAGCUACUAAAUGGUUGGACCUUGGAAAUAAUAUGAAGAUAAGAAUGAAGUUGUCUCACUGCCCACCACAUGCUCGAAGCAUUGAUGCAAGUUUUAAUGACACCUUGUAAAAUUGAAUGUUUUAAAAUUAAUUUUUAUUAUAAUGAUAAUAAUAAUUUUUGAUGUGAA